AGGGGAGGGCAGGGAAGGGAAGGGGAGGGAGGAGCAGGACCACGACGAAGAGAGCGACGGGCGGCGGAGGCUCAAUAAGGCACGGGGUGCGGAAGGAAGGCUAUGUCUUCCACUCAAACAGCGCUGGAGGUCGGAAGAGUGCGCGCUUCGGUGGGCGGGGCUGGAGCAGGAGCGGCGGCGGCAGGGGCAGCAGCAGGCGGAGGCGGAGGCCCUCUUCUGCAGCAGCCGAGGCGCCUCGCGGGCGGGCAGGGCCCUGCGCAGGGCGGGGCGGGAUUGGGCGCAGGCGCGGCCUCGAAGGCCGCCGAUGCAGCGGCCGCGCGCCAGUCGAGCAUCGCCAACCUGUUCGGGGGCUCGGGGUUCGACGGCUCGCGCGAUCACUUGGGCGAUGUCGGGUUCAAUUCCGGCAGCGCGCGGAACGAUGCGCACGACGAUGGCGGUGCGGGCGAUUGUGACGAGGACGAGGACGAGUACGAGGAGCUUACGAAUGAAGCGGGCAAGAGAAUCCGCAAGAAGAAGAAGCAGUUCAAGCGCUGCUUCCGGGCCAUGUGGCGGGUGAAGCACCCGUGGGUCAUCGAGAUCAGAGCGCCCAACGAUCUCACUGUUAUGAAAUGUCAGUACUGCAAGGAGUUCGGGCUCAAUAAUCCCUGGGGCAAAGGGGAGGGCUGCAAGACCCUGCAAUUGUCCGCGCUUAAGACUCACGAGGUCUCCCACGGCCAUAAGAAAGCCGCCGCGGCAUGGGCCAGCCAAAAUCAACAGAAUGAGCACGGAGGAGGCGGAGGCGGAGGCGGAGGAGGAGUCAGUGUGCACUCCAUCCAAUCGAACAACACGAAUUUAAACCCUGGAAUGAACCUUCUCCAGCCGAACUCCUCGCUGUCGAUUCCGGGAUUGCACCACCAAUCGCAGCAGGCGCUCUAUCCCUCCGAGAGCCCAUCGGUCGAGCUGCAAGAAGGACCGAUAAUUAGUGUCAUUCAGUUGAUGUAUUUUACCGCCUCGCACGAUCAUGCCAUCCAAGAUUACGAGGCUCUGUGUAAGUUGCACAGGUUUAUGGGAACUCCCGGCAUGCCCGUUCAUGAUGAGUACUCUGCCUACACCAGCGUUAGGGCGGGCAAGGAGUUUCUCUGGGCCUCGAGCGAGUUUUUGAUCAAAGGGCAGCAAGCCAGCAUCACGGGGAGCCCUUUCUUCUCUCUAUUUAUUGAAGAAGGUAUAGAUAGGGCUUUUGAACAGCACGUGAUAGUUUACAUAACAUAUCUCUCGGAAAAGGGUUCUGGCCUUCCCGUUGUGGAAUUUGUCGAGCUUCUGGAGAUCGCGGACAAUUCGCCUCAAGCAAUUUACAAUGCCCUCGGCGAUUUGCUCUCCCGAAAAAGGUUGCAGCUGUCGAAGCUAGUCGCCAUCUGUACUGAUGGGGGUUUCAUCAUGACUAGUGCUAGGGAGGGCCUGGUAUCAAAGUUGAAACGAGACGUUCCCCAUUUGCUGGAGAUUCACUCCAUAGGGCAUAGGGAAGCUCUCGCUGCCGGCGAUGCCGCGAAGUUGCUGUCAGAGCUAGACUUCGUCGAUACUUUCGCCAGCAAAGUUUACGAGUGGGCUGGACGCUCGGCGAAACGGCAUUCAGAACUGUCGGAGCUGCUGGAAGCUUUUACUCAAGGAGUGGUGGAAGUCGUCCAAAUCCACAGGAUUAGGUGGUUGUCCCGGGCCCAGGUGGUCGAGAAGUUGGUACAAGUGAUGCCAAUAAUUUUGGAAAGGUGGCAGGUCGAGGAAGUGGAGUGGUAUGCCAUCGCCACUUCGUUCCAGCUGCAGUUCUGUCUCAAUCUACUUGCUGAUGUUCUGUGUGAUCUCAACAAACUCAACAAGAAGUUCCAAGAGGAGAAGGUUGAGCUUACAGCCAUAGGAGCACAGUUGGACGUCACGAUUUCUGCCUUGAAGAGAAGAUUUCUGCGAGGAUUUGAGGAAUUUGCCCAAGGAACCAAGUACUUGAAGGAGUUCUUGAAACAAGCGGAUGGGGGAGAGUUACAGUAUGUAGAUGGAGAGGGCACUUUGCACCAGCAUCGUCUGAGGUUUGAGGCUAUGCCUGGAUGCAACAGAGGAGGAUCGAUUGGCGACUGCAAGAUUCUCGGACAAGAGUACAUAAGGAAAGUGAUAGAGUCCCUGAAUGAGAGGUUUCCUGAUAACCAUACUUACAAUGCUGCGAAGAUAUUUAGUCCGAAAUAUUAUCCAGGUGACGAAAUUGAAAGGGAAAGGGUAACGUCCCAGUGGUUGGAGAGACUGCUGGAAAAGUUCGGCUCUCAUGAUUUGGAAGAGCCAUUAGUGAAUUCCGAGAGGUGUAGGCAAGAGCUCCCAGAGUUCGUCUCAAUGCUGGCUAGUUGUUGCGAGAGAAAAGGUAUGGUCGAAGCCUGGACUUUCUGCGGAGAAGUAAAAGAUUGGUACGCUAGUUGGCCUAACUUGAUGCAUCUAUGGCAGAUCGUUAUGGUCAUUCCCUCUAAUACCAUUGCCUGCGAACGGGGCUUUUCGAGACAACACUUAGUUAGAGACACAACCAGAACACACCUAAACCUUAAAACUCUAGAUGCGUCCAUGAGAGUGUCAGUCAAUGGCCCAGACAUGAGUAAAGUAGAUUGGCGGGCUAUCUUCGAGAUAUGGAAGAACGCUAAAGACCGUCGGCCUCUCAGGUUAGAAUAAUCAUGAUAGUGAAGUUUCCCGGAGGUAGCCUUAGCGUCUGUACAUUGUAAAAACCUGUCCCGGUUCCGAACUUGUAUAUUUACUCGAAGGUGUACCGUCAACUAGUCCUAGACAUAAUCAGAUCGCAGCAGGAUGAAAGUACAUUUUUUACAUAGUGGCAACUACUACCGGGGUCACUCAAUUUUGAGUUUUACUCGCUGUGUAAAGUACACAUGCAUCAUAUCAGAGUGCAUGGCUUCCAAUCUGACACUUUGUAACAACUUCGUAUGUAUCCUCGCUGUGACUGUGGCUUGAUUUUCUCAGGGAAUGACCUGAAUCUGAC